CUCUAUCCCGAGUCAGAUGCCCUCAUUCGCAAAUGGAGGGAUGUUCAAUGACCCAAAUGGGGCCUUUCCAAAUGCUGGCUGGAAUGGCAGCGAUUUCAACCCUAUGAUGCAACCGAUGCCUAUGACAAUGGCAAACGGAGGAUGGGGACCAUUCCCUAAUAUGAUGGGUAAGCAUUUGAAGCCCAAAAUAUUGGUUGUUUGAUACUGAUUCAUGUUAAAUAAAGGUGCUCCUGGAAUGAACAUGGACCCGAUGGCGAUGUCUCAAGGCAUGUUUGGAGGCUAUGGGGGUCAGGACGGCAUGGGCAUGAACGGUAUGAAUGGCAUGAGCGGCAUGACUAUGGGUAUGGGCUUCGAUGCGGGGCAAGGCGGGUAUGGCAUGUGGGAUGGAAACGCCGGGUGGAACGCAAAUCAAGAUAAAUUCAAUCCAAAUGCAAAUGGAAGCCAUACUGCCGGUAUGGGAGCUCCCUUUGGAGCCAACGCUGGGUUCGCCUCCAGUAAUGGUUAUAAUGUGCAAUCGUCGCACCCCGGGAAUUUCAAUCAGCUGCCUCUACAACCAUUCCCCAAUAAUAACUUUCAAAGUGGCUUUAACGGACCAGAUUAUAGACGCAGCAGUGGGUUUGGUUUAGGCGGCCAAGGCCCAAGCCAGGGCCAAAACGCCUCUGCUCAUAAUGUUGCCGAUGACAGUGAAGCGUUCCAUCAUCAACUCCCUCCUGGAUUCCAACCUCAAAGCUCACAAAAACUACAGCCGCAGCAAGAUAUGCCAAGUGAGCCUCAAGGCGAGAAUGGAGGUGAGACAGAAACAAAGUCUAACGACGCUGAUGCCGAAAAAGGCGCAGAUGCAAACCAAAAGAAAGCUGAAGAAAAUAUGCCUGAAGGCCUUGUGCCCGUCGAUGAGACCAACGGUGAGCCAAAGGGUGCCGAUACAGAAGAGACUAAAUCAGAAAAUGCUUCUUCUGAUGCUGUUCAACAAAAUGGAGGGCCAUCUUCACAAAAGGGCACACCAGUCCAACAUUCCGCUACCAUUGGCGUGCAGAGAAGCAUAUCGGGCACGCCACCGGUAGGGCCAGGACCUAUGCAAACUAACCCCAUACCUACUGUUCCCAUGAGCCAAGUCAUGCCUACAGACUCGAUGCCGCCCAUGGGUUCUAUGGGACCGAUGGGGCCGAUGGGACCGAUGAUGCCAAUGGCAGGACCGAUGGGUCCAAUGGGGCCAACAGGGAUGUAUCCGGCUGGGCCUGACCAGUUCUUCGCAGGACGAGGACGAGGUAUGAAUGGGGGCUUUUACCACGGAGGGCCCAAUCAUUUUCGGGGAAACCUUCGUGGGCGUGGAGGGUUCGGCCCUGGCCCGAUGGGACCGGGCCAUGGCAUGGACUUCUCUGGCAUGCCUCAAGGCCCUCCAAGAGGCAUGGGUGUUGCUGGUGCACCGACUGCUCCUAAGGCAUUAAGACAAGGAUUGCCAAACACGAGCGUUCUUAGGAAUCGGAGUUUUGGAAUUGGUGGCCGGGCAUCUCAAAGCCAAACACCUGGUGUGGACUCAUCGGCAGAGCAGCAGCAGCAAGAUUCUCAACAACAGAAAUCGCCACCAGCUGAUGAUGUUGCUGCGUUGGAAAGGUAACAUGACACCCCUAAAAUUCUUUUGCAUAUGAGUAUGAGUAUUAAUUUUUAUCUAGUCAAAACUCGCCCGAUCAAAAGAUGCCCGGAGAUAACAAGCCUGCAGAGUUACCUCCACGUCCUCGAAGCAGAAGCCGAUCACCAGAAGGUGA